CACGGUGACUCUACAUUGUUGCUGUUGUGUUCUAGUUAGCAGUGGUUUACUAGAGUAUGUUAGCGAGUCAGUGUUUGUUUACUGGGAUAGUAGUUGUUUAUGAUGUCAUGAGGCAGUGGUUUAAGUAUCAGAUCUAGGUAAACAAUUGGCCAUGUCACUCCGUAGUAUUUUAGCGGUAGUGGCAAUAGUUUAUUUGGCUUUGGCUCGGGGCAUGAACAGAACCAAGUUCGAUAGUUGCCUCGAGUAUGCGACCCAAACUUUAUCGAACACAAGCAGUCACAGUGACAGUUGUCACAUUCUUCACACUGCCGCUAGUUGUAGCGUGGACGCCUUCUUAAAACUUCCCAAAAACUACGAGCAGAGGAUGAUUCUUCACAGGAUUCAAGGCCUGUACAACGAUUCGAAGCUUUGCAACGUCAGCCUAGUUCAUCACAUCCGUACCCGAUGGGGCGGAGAGUACAGGGCGAGUGAGUGCAUAACACAGAGGUACAGUCAGAUCGUAGCAUCCCCAAACUUUAACCCCGACUGCAUGUACAAGGAAAUUCUAAUCUUCUGUGCACUGAAGGCGUUCAAGAAAAAGCCAACAGAAGAGGAAAGGGAAAAGCUUUACGCGGUCUACAUUCAACAAGAGGCGAACAAAAACCAAAACGUGUCUUGUUCUAUUGACUUUUUUGCCAUCGUAUCUGAGAUCUGGGGUGACACGAACAGUGGAGGUUGUGGUGUUCCACUCACGCAGCUUCUAUUUAUGAUAGUUUUAGGAAUCAUUUUGUACAUUUUCGUGUGAUAACUUUGGGAAAUAUUUUAUUCCUUUUGGUGAUAUCUUUUUUAUAAAAUCUCUAUUCACGUGAAGUUAUUUUUUUAGUGAUAGAGCAUUCUUCUUCGUGUGAUCAGCUAAAUACUGAUGUAUCAUUUUUUUUUUCAAAUUUGGAUUUUAAUAAUGCAACAUUUCAGAAUUCUGGAAUUUUUGGAGCAUGCGCAAAGAUAAUCUUUCAACCUUUAUAAGUGGAAAUGUUUACUUCUGGUUUGAUUAUUGAAUACUAACGCAAAAAGACACUUUAAACAGUGUUUUAUUGUGUUUAUUAGCUGAAGAUGACAUUAAAACUUAAUUAGAAAAAUGAUAUAAAUAUGGACUAUAACUGUACAUUUCCGUGAUGUGGAUUACACGUUCACAAUAGAGACAGCAGCAUUCUGUAAUAUCCAUCUUACUGCAACAACUGUAUAUAUGUAUAAAAUGUAUAACUAAUUUUGGAUCGAUAGAAGCAUAGAUAAA